AUGGGCUAUGUAGAGGACGUCGGAGAGUCCAAAGCCACAGCUCGAGCGCUGCAUGAGAGUUUAAUAAUGUUCCAGUGCAGGACAUGUGGAUCAACAACCCACUGUUUAAAAGAACGACCAUCCCCUCUGUCGAGCAGCUUCAGUGACCUCUGCCCGUCUCCUGCGUUCUUGAGAAUACGACAGUUAUGCGGCCUCCUCAUCACACUUUUAUUUGCUGAGACAGUUGCUGAAAAAAAGUACUGUUGGUACUUUGAAGGAGAUUAUCCUGUGUACUUCGUAUGCAAGACAUAUGAGGACUGCUGUGGCACACAAUGCUGUGUUCGAGACCUUUCCGUUCAGAGAAUAUGGUAUUUCUGGCUGCUGCUGAUAAUUGGCAUUUUGUGCUGCUGCAGUACUGGGUACUUCAUUCGCAGACGUGUCCACCCUUACCCUCCACCCGAGGGACCUGAUUUUAAUGUGUCCUUUACCAGACACCCCAUCAUAACACCAGGGUUGCGUCAGGCUGGCUUUCACAAUUAUGGAGACUCAGAGACUGCAGUCAUCUCCACCGUCUACCCAGCGCAGACCCACCCCGGUCACAUGACUGCAGUGUAUUCAGCCCUGCCGCCCUACUACAGCCAGCCCCCUCCUUCAUAUGAUCAGGUCAUGCAGGACUCGCAGAAGAAAGAAACAGACCCUUAGCACAGUGAUUUGUUCUUAUUCAAACUGUGAGGGUUAACGAAAGAAAGAAACAGGAGAAGCUCAAUAACUCAGGCAUGACUGGAAGUAAACAAACUUACAAACCGGAGCAGAAGAAUGAGUACAAAAACUAAAAAAGUUAAAGAUGCUGAAACGCCUUCAUCAUUCUCUCAGCAUACAAGACUGCUGGCGGCUUACGGUUCCUCAUCUGUGGUCGCAGAAAGUGCACUUAUGUUUUCAAUAUCAGGACUGAAGGAUAUGUUUAUAAGCAUAACAGGUUAUACAUAAGCUUUCACAUUAGGGCCAGGGAUUAUAGCUGAUCAGUUUAUGGGAUUUGUUUUAUACUUUUUUAUCGUUCGCUUCUAAAAAUAUUUUCAUCUGUAAAAAUGAUCAACCAUUUUUAUUUCUUCAGACAUAAAGGGUAUUAAACACUUUCUGAAUGUCUACUAAAUGUUAUUGAUUAAAAUCCACUGAAUAAUACAACUUUAUUUAUAUCAAACUCAUCACCCAUAACCUUAAUAAAGUAAAAAACAUUUUUUUUAAAAAAAAAUCCUUUUAAAACGUAUUUCUGUCUUUGCCUGUUUUACAUGUUAACUUUAUUUAAUAGUUUUUUUAAAUUAUACAUUUUUAAAUGAUUUAAUAAAUAUAUUUAUAUAGAAUAUUUAAUAUAUUGGAUUUUAUUGAAUUGAGAUGUGCUGACUAUGGAGGCUGUUUGAGUGUAAUGAACUCAUUGACGUGUUCUAGAAGCCAGUUCCAGGUGAUUUGAGCUUUGUGAUGUGGCUGCUUCGCCGCUGUUCUCCACUGUUCUCUAAGGCAUGCACAUGGUCAGCAGAGAUACUCAGGUAAUCUUUUGACAUUUAAACAAUAUUCAAAUGGUACUAAGGAGCACAAGUGUACCAAGAAAAAUAUCCUCUACACAUAACACCAGGCAGAAUGGUUAUGUGCUUUCAUGUUGUUUAUGCCAGAUUCUGACCACACCAUCUGAAUAUCACAGCAGAAAUCAAGACUCAUCAGACCAGGAGUGCCAGGUGCUGCUAAAACACAUCUGCUUCAAGGUUUGAUGUAUUCAAGGAUGCUCUUCUGCAUGCAGACCAUUCACUAAAAAACCCUGGUAAUGGUCAUGCAUGGAAAUUCCCGGAAGUUUCUGAAAUAACUAGAUCUUUGCGUUAAUGGGAUGUUUUUAAAUGUUUUUGUUUUAUAUACAGAUAUACAUGCAACGAAAGGUGAACUGAUAUAAUCCUUCUUUGUAAAUCAAACCUAGCAGAGAUUUUUUUGGCUGUUCGGUCGGAUUGCAAAGUACAUAUUUGGAACAAGUUUUGGUACAGCUUUGUUUUAUAUAUUAGUAUUAUUUAGAAAUAAUAGUAAUAAAAUAUAAUAGUAUUAAAAUUGUGUUAAGUAAUAUAUUCUUUAGUAUAUUAGUUUUAUUUAAAACAUAAUAAAAUAUUCUUACCUAAUAUAAAUAAAUGAUUAAUAUUUAAUAUAUUUGUAUUACUCAAAACAUUAAAUAUCUUCACUCAUGUCAUACAUAAAUAUGUCGAUUUGUAUUUUUUUAUUUAUUUAAAGUUUACUUUACAUUGUCAACAGUUCAUUACCACCACAAGGGUGCGCUAUAAAGUAGUAAUCUCCAGUGGACUCGACCUCUUUAUUUUCAGGUCUAGGCUCUAAUAAUACAGGUCCGUCUCAAUAAAUUAGAAUGUCAUGGAAAAAUUCAUUUAUUUCAGUGAAUCAACUCAAAU